AUGAGAAAAAAUUCAACCUCGAAUCCAUCUCCCAGCCACCAAUUUUUAACUCCACCAAAAAAUACAACAACAGUGGUAAACAAUAAUAAUAAUACCUUUGUAAAUAAAAAUAAAAUUAUUAAUGAAAAUUCUAACCAAAAAAUGUUUAGUGUUGGCUCUCUUGUAAAUCAAAUUGAUAAAAACCAACAACAACAACAACAACAACAACAACAAACACAUCAAGUUUUACCUCAAAGGAAAUUUUCAGGAGUUUCAACAAUGAUUUCAAAAUAUAAUGAACAACAACCAUCAUCAUCAUCAUCAACAGCAUCUUCAUCAUCAUCACCCUCUCUACCACCAAAACCUUUACUAUCAACUAUAAAUAACAUUAAUAAUAGUGGUAGUGCCAAUAAUAAUACACCAAGUAAUUUAUCACCAAAUACAUUAUCACCAACAUCUAUAAUAAAGAAGAAUAAUAAUAAUAAUAUAUCAGGCUCACCAUCACCAUCACCAUCACCUGCUCCUACACCUACAAUUUUAUCACCAUUACCAUCACCAAGACGUCAAUUACCAACUAGACCACCCUCACCAUUACCAAAAUUACCAUCAAGACCAACUUCACCAGUACCACCAAAUCCAGAUGAAGCACUAAAUACUACCACCACUAAUAACAAUAAUAAUAAUAAUAAUAAUAAUAAUAAUAAUAAUAAUAAUAAUAAUAAUAAUAAUAAUAAUAAUAAUAAUAAUAAUAAUAGUGAUAAUAAUUAUAUUUCAAAACUUGGAUCACAUUCUGUAAAAACUUUACCAAUACCACCACCAAAUGAUAAACCUGCACCACCACCGAGACCAUGGAGUUCUAGUGGUACUUUAACUACUCCACCAACAAUAGCAACUACAAAAACAUCAACAAAUAUAAAUUCAACAAAUGUAAAAUAUCAAACUUUAUCACCAUCAUCAACAACAGCAACAACAGCAACAACAACAACAACAAUAAAUAAUAAUGUAACAACACCACCAACAACUCCACCUUCACAAACCAUAGCAUUUAAUAAUAAUAAUAAUAAUAAUAAUAAUAAUAAUAAUAAUAAUAAUAAUAAUAAUAAUAGUAAUAAUAAUAAACCUUUACCACCAACAUCAACUAAGCCACCAAGACCAAAAAUUGCACCAAGAAAUGAUAUAUCACCAAUACCAGUAACAUCAUUAUCAACAGCAAAUAUAACCAAUACACCAACAGUAGUAAUUGAACAAACACCAAUUAUAGCACCAAUUCAAGAUUCUCAAAAUAUAGCGGCAUCAGAUUUAAGAACUCUUAGACAAAGAACCUUUACAAGAAAACAAGCAUCAAUGAAAUUAAAUGGUGAAGAUUUUUCAUCCUUGUCGUUAUCUACAACACCAACAUCAGUAUCACCAUCAACACCAUCAUCAGCAAAUCCAACACCAUCAACAACACCACCAUCAAUGUCGCCAUCAAAUUCAGUCUCAAAUGAAUUUUUAACAAUCAAUAGUAAUGAAAAUAUUAAUAAUGAUUUAAUUAAUAGUUUUAAUAGUGAUGAUUCAAAUAAUUCAAAUAAUUCAAACAGUUCAUUAUCAUUAGCAUCAGCAUCAUCAUCAGCAUCAACAACAACAACAUCAACAAAUUCAUUAAAUGAUACAAGUUUUAAUAAUAUUUCAAUUAAUAUUAAUCCUAAUAAUGGAUUAUCAGUUAGUAAUUUUAUAUCAUCACAUAAAAAGAAAACAUCAUUUAUAUCAGGUACAUUAAGAAGAGAUACAUUAGAUAUAAAGACUAUAUUAAUCGAAAAGAUAAAUGUACAAUAUACAAUCACCACUCAAUUAUCACAAAAACCAAGUAGAAAAUCAUUAUUACCACCAAUUAAUUCAUCAACAUCAUUUAAUAAGGUGAUUAAAGAGAUCAUUGAAACUGAAGCAGAUUAUAUCGAUCAAAUGGAGGUUAUAAUUAAUUUAUAUUAUUUCGCAGCAUUGGAAAUGUCAAAAUAUAAAUUAAUGACAGCAAAUGAUAUCUAUCAAAUCUUUUCAAAUAUUGAAGAGCUUUACUACGUUUCGUUACGCCUUUACCCAAUGUUAUUGAAUAUUAUACCAGUGUUGGACCAUGAGAAUCAGUAUCCCAAUAUUGAAGAGAUCUUUCUUUACAAUUCAAAAGCAUUCCAAAGAUAUGGCUCAUAUUUAUCAACACAUGAUCAUUCAAUCAAAGUUUUGAAUUCAUUAAUCGAUGGAAACAAUGUAGUGAAUCAAAUCUUUCAAUAUGUUAAAUCGUUACCACAUUCAAAGCAAUUGAAUCUACAAUCAUUCCUAAUUAAACCAUGUCAAAGACUUUGUAAAUAUCCAUUGCUAUUAAGAGAGUUGAAAAAGGCAUUACCACCAGAAGAUGAUUCAUUGGAGGCUGAAGAACAUCAUAAAAUAUUCCAACGUUCUUUAAUAUUAAUGGAAAAGAUCGUCAAUGAUAUCAAUGGUAAAAUGGCAAAUGAUAAUAAAAUUCAAUCAACUGUUAAAGAAAUUGGUACAAAAGAUAUUGAACAACAAUUACGUGAUCAAACAUUUUUAAAAUCUUCAAAUAGAAUUAAAAAAUUAAAAAAAAAAGGUAAUAAAGUAAUUGUAACUUUAUACCUUUUAAGUCAAAUUUUAAUUAUCUUUGAAAAAGGUACCUUUAAAAAAAAGGUUAAAAUUAUUCCUUUAAAAAAUAUUUUAGAAAUUAUUGAUAUUGAAAGAGAACUUCAAUUUGGUAUUUCAAUUAAUUAUUUAAAUGAUAAUGAUAUUCAAAAUAAUAAUAAUAAUAAUCAAAAUAAUUUAUCUUCAACAAAUGAUACAACAUCAUCAACACCACCAACAACUACAACAACUACAAAUUCAACACCAACAACUACAACCACAACAACAAAUUCAACACCAACUGUAAAUGUUAACACAUUAUCAAUUAAACUUUCUUGUGAUAAUUAUCAAGAUAAAUUAAUUUGGUUAAAUGAUAUUGAUGAGGCAAUUAAUAUAUUAAAGAUUUUAACUGGUUCUUAUAAAUUUAAUGUCUCUGAAAAAGAUAUUAAUAUUAAUAUUAAUAAUAAUAAUAAUAAUAAUAAUAAUAAUAAUAAUAAUAAUAAUAAUAAUAAUAAUAAUAAUAAUAAUAAUAAUAAUAACAACAAUAAUAAUAUUAAUGAAAAUAAUAUUAAUGAAAAUAAUAUAAACUCAAAUAAUACAAGUUUAGAAAAUAGUGGUGAAUGUAUAAAUAAUAAUAUUAAUAAUAAUAAUAAUACCUCAAACUAA